AUGCGGACGGAACCGGGACGCGGCGCGGCGCCGGCGCCGCGAAGACCGAGCAUGUUUGACUACGCGAGGGGACGAGACGACGAUCGCGCGCGCGCGGCGACGGCGACGGGAGGACCGCCGCCGGGGAUGACGCCCGCGGUGCCGACGAUGGGACGGAUGAACGCGGCGCCGCGACCGGGGUUCGACGCGGCGCCGCCGCCGGGAAUGGGGGCGGCGCGACCGAGUUUGCUGGCGAGCGUGCGGGAAAGGCCGAGCCUGUUGAGUCAGCAGCGACCGCCGGCGGUGCGCGUGGAGGCGGCGAGGAGCGGGACGGGGGCGUCGAGCGGAAUGGAGAGCGGGGAGAUCGGGAUCGGGAGCGCGCGGGCGACGCCGACGCCGACGCCGACGAGCGAUGCGACGCCGAAGAAGCGGAAAAUCGGGGGUUGGGGACAGGCGUUGGCGAGGGCGAAGACGCCGACCACGGCGGGAGGGACGGACGCGCCGAGUUCGCUGCGAGGAGAGGAGGUCGCGGACGAGGGUGAAGUGCGAGGGGCGCCGGGCUUGGGUCGAGGGGAGGAGUCCAUGGGAUCGUUUGGAGAUUUGCGCGCCAAAGCGGGGUCGCCGGCGUCCGCGACGGCGACGCCGCAAUUCAAAGACGCUUCGACGCCGACGAGCGAUCGCGGUGGAUGGGGGGCGGCGACCGCGCGCGCGCAGACGACACCGGCGACGGCGGAAAUGAAGGCGACGCCGAAGGCUGCCUCCGUUGAUCCGGAGACGGUGAAGAAGGCCAAGGCGGCGGAGCAACGCUUAAAGGUGACCAAGGAAGCGCUUCUGGGGCAGAUGGAACGCGUCGACGGCGAAGUCGCGAGCUUGGAAAAAGAAUUGCAAGCUUUGAAGAACUCGUCCGAGGAAGAGAAGCUCGGCGCGGCGGCUGGGUCAAAGGAUGAGAUUUCUAGACACAAGAAGGAGACGGAGGCGCUUCGUCAGCGUCUGAGCAACGCCGAGCGUUCGGCGCAGCGAGCACAGGAUUUUGCGGCGCAGAAGAUGCGCGAGGCGUCGGUGCUCGCGCGCGACGCGAGUAUGAAACGGGCACAACAGCGAGGUUCGGAUGACGUAAAGCGUUUGAACAAAGACGCCGCGGUGUUCGCCGCGAGCGCGAUUCAAAAAAUGCUCGAACGUCAGGAGGCGCGACGCGAUCGCAUCGAGCGCGAUAUGGAGCACAACAAGGAACUCGCGGCGAAAUCCAUCGUUCGCGUGAAGAACGAAUACGGGCUACCGUUGCCGGAAGACAUCGCUCGAGUCGAUUUCGACGCCGUCGUCGCUCACGUGGUCGAGGGCGCAAAGACUCCGUACAUGCAGGAAGUCGCUCGCAAGGUGACAGAGGUUUUGCAAAAGCGCAAGGACGCCGUCGCCGAUAAGAAUUACACCAACGCACUGGCUUACCUCAAGCAGCGCGAGAUCUGGCGAGUAAAGAUAAUUCAAGAGGCGAACGACAGGCUCGCCAAGGAGUUUGUCGGCGGCAAGAAAACUUUCACUCCGGGCUCGAGAGCGAGCGGCAGAAAUCGUUCGACGAACGAUCUCAGCGGUGUCGCGCGCUCGGAGUACGAAGAGAUGCAAAUGAUCAAGGCAUUGCAGCGCACGGAAGAGUUGCGUCACAUGACGACGAUUCCGAACAUGAUUCUCGACCCCGAGGAACGACGCUGCGCCAUAUUCGACAGCAGAAACGGCCUCGUCGAAGACCCGGUGGCGGAGCGAGAUCGCAUCAACCUCAUCCGGCCUUGGACCAAGGCAGAGAAGGCAAUCUUUCACGAAAGGUUUGCGUCUUACGGCAAGAAUUUCCGUCGCAUCGCCGAGCACUUGGAGGGACGCGACACGGGCGACUGCGUCAUGUACUACUACAAAUUCCAAAAGACGGACGAUGGUUUCCGCGGUCGUCGUCGUGCCGCGAUGAAGAAACGCCGCGCGUUCGCCGAUGCGCAGCGCAUGCGAGCGAUUGAUCCGGCCACCAUCGAGGCUCAGCGCGAAGAGCGCGCGGCGCCCACCGCCGAGGCGCGUCUGGAACGCGCCGCGCUCGCCGCCGCCGCCAAAGCCGCCAAGGCCAAAGCGCGCGCCGAGAAGGCCAAAAUCAAAGCCGCCAAGGAAGCUGAAGAGGCGAAACAAAACGCAUCCAAGACACCAAGCAAAGGUCCGGAGUGGACCGACAUGGAGAAGACUAAAUUCGUCUCCGGUCUGCUCCAAUACGGCAAGGAUUUUGUCGCCAUUAGCUCCACCAUUCGCACUCGCUCCCUCGACGCCGUCAAGCAGUUUUACGAGGACAACCGUGAGCUCAUGGACUUUGACUCCCUCGUGGGCGAAACAUCUGUCGCCACCGUCGUCACGGACAUUCCGUCGAGCGCGCCGACUUCCUCGUUGCUUCACGGCGGCGACGCGCGCGCGAACUCGAAGUCGUUCGUCAACACCGUCCUCGACUUCAACCUUCGUCGCGCGCUCGUCGCGUCUUGCGUCGGUUUGAGCGCGCUCGCCGGAUGUGCGAUGCACGCACGAGCGUCGUCAUCCUCUACGGCGGCGCUCGGGGACGCGAAAGGGGUGGAUUUACUCAUCGGUCAAACGAAGUUUCCUCGCACGGUCAAGCUGCUGCCGCGAGACGCGCCAGAGCGCGCUUUUGAAACGACGAAAUCAAACUGGAAUUUGUAUCACGUCGACGGCGACAAGGACGUUGAACGCGGAGUGAUGCACGAUUUCGCAGAUUGGCCCACGGAUGAGCUUCGUGAGGCGUCGAUCAACCUCAAGGUGAAGGAUUCGGCGGCGUACGAGGCGUUUGACGCCAUUCACAGCGAGUUUGAGCGGUUGAACGCGGAUAGAAUCAACGCUAGGGCAGAUGUCGGACCGGCGUUUAGCGCGCUGUUGGCGUGGGAAAAAGCGAAAGAGGAAGGAUUGUCCUCGCUCAUCAUCGCGACGCCGGAUGCAUACAUUAACUCUCACUGCGGACCUCCGCUCGAGUUUGAUUCCUUCAUCCUGAGCUUUUUGCUCCGCGGGCCGAAGAAGUGGGACGUUUUGUUCCUCGAUCGCGGCGAACGUGGGGUGAACGAAGAUAAUUUGCGUCAUCCCGAGGCAUUGUUUAGUAACAAGGCGUGGGAAAAGCCUUACGUGCUCUACAAGAACACAGCGACGAUCGUCGGCGAGGCGUUGCCGUCGAACUUUUACAUGGUGUCCAAAUCAUUUAUGGACGGCAUCUCCGCGCACUUGAAGGCUACACCGCUCACAAACGUCGAUUGGUGGAUCAAUCGUUUGUGUGAAAACGGAGAUUUAGAGUGCUUCUCGUACAACGCUGAGAAUUGGUACGAUGGGUUGACGUCGGAGCGCAAGGCAAAGAUGGGCGAGCCGCACGCUCGUGCGCCCAUCGUGGACACGACGCCGAAGGUCGACGCGACUCCAGCCGUCGUAGAGAGUGCUGAAAACGUCACCGCCAGCGUCGCCGACGCGAGCGCAGAGUCGGUAAAGGAGAGCCAACUCGGUGUCGCGCAACGACCGGAAUCUGUGGUCCGAUCGACGCGCGUCGUCGCCGCGUCUGAAGCUGGCAAGUUCAUCUAG